UAUGUUCUUUGGUACUACGCCUCCUCGUAAUCGACGACCACGCACGAGAAAAAGACGCAAGUUUAUUUUUAAUGGUGACGUUCAGCUGACAUCCCAUAAUAAUAACGUAGGAGGUAUGCAGUAAGCAGUAAUCUGCAAUGGCGUCUCCACGACCGAAAUCCCCUCGUCCACCAAUUGCAACGAAAAAGGACGAUAAGGAGGAAAGCUUUUGGGAUAAAAUUGGCACAUUGGGACGUAAGAAAAGAAUAAAAGAAGUUCAAGAAGUUCAGGAGGAAGGUAAAUAUGCUAUUGAUUCACCUGGAUAUGCGGCCAAUCCGGAUAUGCCACCGGAGGAUUAUACUCUGGAUGAAAACGAGGAAAGGUCGAUGAUCGAGCCUCGAGCUCUGGAAGACUCCAAACUCAAGGAACUUGUAUUUGUCCUCAUGGAAUGGAUCAAUGACGAAUUGGCCGAUCAGAGAAUAAUUGUCAAAGACAUAGCCGAAGAUCUUUAUGACGGACAAGUUUUGCAGAAAUUGAUUGAAAAAUUAACGGGUGACAAGUUGGAUGUACCAGAAGUAACGCAAUCGGAGGAAGGACAAAAACAGAAACUAGAAGUCGUAUUAUCAGCAGCUAAUAGAAUACUCGGUCGUUACCCUCCCUACAAAUGGAGCGUCGAGUCUGUACACUCAAGAAACAUCGUUGCGAUCUUGCACCUUUUGGUUGGACUGGCUCGUCAAUUCCGAGCACCUGUCAGACUCCCUGAAAGAGUUGCAGUGCAGCUGGUGGUAGUGCGUAAAAAAGAUGGUCAAUUGAUCCACAGAACUGUCAGAGAGGAAAUCACCUCGACCUACGAUGAUUUGGGAAUGCGUUGCGAACGCGAUGCGUUUGACGUAUUGUUCGAUCAUCCACACGACAAACUUAGUGUCGUGAAAAAAUCGCUCGUAUCUUUCGUCAACAAACAUCUGAGCAAGGUUCAUCUUGAAGUAACCGAUCUGGACAAUCAAUUUCACGAUGGUGUUUUCCUCACGUUGCUCCUCGGACUUCUCGAGGGUUUCUUCGUUCCUCUCGGCAAUUUUCAUUUGACCCCCAAGAGCCACGAUCAAAAAGUGCACAACGUCUCUUUCGCCUUCGACCUUAUGCAAGAUGUUGGACUCCCAAAACCGAAAGCUCGUCCCGAAGAUAUCGUUAAUUUGGAUCUCAAAUCUACACUUCGCGUUCUUUAUAAUCUCUUUACAAAAUACAAGGGCGUUAACUGAGUAACUUAUUUACAACAAGGCGUAAUUUUUAUUAACCAAAGAGCAGGAAACGUCUUUGGCGGAUUAUCCAACAUUGCUGGUAGAGGAAUUUCGAGACACUGCCGUUUUUACUUACUACACAAGAUUGCUCGGAAUUCGUUGUCCAAACGAGAUUCAUCGUGGGUAAUUAAAGAAACUCGAUUCAACCCAAUUCUAAAAAACCAUAUUAUUAUUAUUAUUUUUAUUAUUUAUAAUCCGUAAAAUUGCAAACAACACGAAUAUAUUUUGUAUGUGUUUUACGGAAAUAUUUAACAGCAGGAAGGAUCGUGGCCAAAUCGCCACUUUCAACUCCCAAGUGCCUUUUUAUAUAACAAUAUAGGAAUAUACGCCUAUAAGUCUCCAUGAUUUUUUAUCAACCCUUCAAAUUUAUAUUAUCGACGAUUGAUAUAUAUAUAGUAUAUACAAAAGAAUAUAGAAUAAAGCGAGUAUUCAAAUAA